GAGCGUAAAUGUUUGUCGCUAUUCUGUUGUGGGAGUCAUGGCGUCUUUCAGUAAACUGUCAGAUCUUUUCCCCAUUCAGAGCCAGCUAGACUAUGCUUUAGAGGACGCGACGACUCAAAAAGAGAAGGAAAACCUCGUACAUCAGUAUUUGCACAAAAUAGACGAAAAAGACGAUUUAAUUAUACCGGAUUUUGAAGAAGGACUAGAAUGGUUGAACACAGACGGCCCACUGUCACUCAGGAAGGAACUGUCGGGCAAAGUGGUGGUGCUUGACUUCUUCACCUACUGCUGCAUAAACUGCAUGCACCUACUUCCUGAUCUACACCAGUUGGAGCAAAGUUACACCAUAGAAGAUGGUCUGGUUGUCGUAGGUGUGCACUCAGCUAAAUUCCCCAAUGAGAAAGUCCUACAGAACGUACGCAGUGCAGUGUUGAGAUAUGACAUAACCCAUCCCGUAGUGAACGACAGCGAUGCCCGUCUGUGGCAGGAGCUGGAGGUGUCCUGCUGGCCCACGCUAGUGGUGCUGGGACCCAGGGGGAAUCUGCUUUUCUCCCUGGUGGGUGAAGGCCAUAGAGAACAGCUCUUCCGUUUCACUGCUGCUGCCCUCAAGCACUACAGAGAACAAGGGCUGCUCAAGGACCAUGAUGUGGGAAUCAAACUGUAUAGAGACUCCCUGCCCCCCUCCAUCCUCUCUUUCCCUGGGAAAAUAGCCAUGGACCCCAGCAGCAAGCAGUUGGCUAUUGCCGACACAGGACACCACAGGGUACUGGUGGUCUCCAAUACUGGGCAGCUGCUGCACACAAUAGGGGGUCCCUCAAGUGGGAGACAAGAUGGAAAUUUGUCUGAGGCACAUUUCAGCUCCCCACAAGGGGUGUUCAUAAAGGGAGACACAGUCUACGUGGCUGACACUGAGAACCACCUUGUUAGAAAGAUCAACCUUUCAGAAGGAAAAGUCUCAACCUUAGCUGGCAUUGGCGUUCAAGGCGCAGAUAAAGAAGGCGGAGCACUGGGACCACAGCAGCCAAUCAGCUCUCCCUGGGACGUUACCCUUGGCAACGCAGGUGGUGAUAUAUUGUGGAUAGCCAUGGCAGGAACGCAUCAGAUCUGGGCUCUCUUCCUGGAGGACGGGAAGCUUCCCAAAGGGAGCGACAGCAAAAAAGGAACAUGUGUGCGCUUUGCGGGCAGUGGGAAUGAGGAAAACAGAAAUAACGCGUACCCUCAUAAAGCGGGUCUGGCCCAGCCGUCAGGCCUGGCACUUGCCCCAACUGAGCCGUGGGAGUGUCUCUUUAUUGCUGACAGUGAGAGCAGCACCAUUCGUAGCCUUUCACUGAAGGAUGGAGCAGUCAAACAUGUGGUGGGGGGAGAGAGAGACCCUAUGAACCUUUUCGCGUUUGGAGAUGUUGAUGGUAAAGGCAUAGAUGCAAAACUGCAGCAUCCAUUAGGAGUGUCCUGGGAUGGGGGCAGCAGCCUCCUCUAUGUAGCCGAUUCUUACAAUCACAAGAUCAAAGUGGUGGAUCCAAAGACUAAGCAGUGCAGGGAGCUUGCAGGCACAGGGAAGGCUGGGAAUGGACUUGGCCCGAGCUUUCUGGAGUCCAGCUUCAACGAACCCGGAGGCCUGUGUCUGGGUGAAGGAGGAAAGGUGCUGUAUGUGGCGGACACCAACAACCAUUGCAUCAAAGUCCUGGACCUGGAGACCAAAACGGUCUCUUUGUUUCCUAUUGUAGUUCAGCAAGAGGUUGAUUCUGUCCUCACAACCGCCACUAGCAGCACACCUGCGGUCAGAAAGCUUCCCAAACUUCCCAAAUCAGCCCCAGUCCUUACAAUGCCAUCAAUCACAGUUUCUUCAGGGCAGUCAGUCACUCUUUUACUGAAACUGGCACUACCAACUGGGACCAAGCUGACCGAAGAAGCCCCUAGUUUCUGGAGCUUAUCUGCAGAAGGUAAUGAGUGGUUACUGGAAGGGCAAGCUGUGACGGGGAGCAUCAGUGAUCUCACUGAACCGAUCUUGAUUGUCUCAUCCAUCCCAGCGGCCCCUGCGUCCCCAGACCCCACACUGACGCUCGACGCCUGGGUGUACUGCUGCCUAUCUGAGGGCGGGGCUUGUAUGAUGAAGGCAGUGUCCUUUAAACAGCCUCUUCUGAUUGGUUCCACAUCCCAGGAAGGUUCUGUUACUGUGACGCUUGAGCAUGCCUUUUAAAAUAAGUGUCCACCCAAAGGAUCUUGGAGCACAUUUAAAGGGAUACUUUACCAAAAAUGAAAAUUGUUAUCGUUUACUCAUCUUAAUGUCAUUCCAAAACUGUCUGAAUUUCUUCAGUGUAACACAAAAGAUGAUGUUUUGAAGAAUGUUGACCGUUUUGGUUCAUAUUAACUUGCAUUGUAAGGAUAAAAAUUACAAUGGAAGUCAGUGGGAAUCAAAACCGGUUACCAACAUUAUGGAGAAUAUUUUUCUUUAUGUUCCUCAGAAGAAAUAAAGUCAUAGAGGUUUGAGGGUGAGUAAAUGAUGACAGAAUUUUCAUUUUUGGGUAAUCCAAAAAUGAUCAUUUGCAUUUACUCACCCUCAUGUCGUUCCAAACCUGUAUGACUUUCUUCUGUAAAACACACAAAAAAUGUAGAACAAUGACUUUUUUUCAUACCAUUAAUAAAAACUUUAGUGGGAUUCGUUGAGGUUGUUUUGUAUGGAAGCCUGUUUCUGCCAUGUUAUAAAAAAUAAAGGUAAUUGCAACUCUCAAAAUUAAAUUUUUUUUCUAAAUAUAUAAACUCAAAAUUCUGAUAAUUCCUUGUUUACAUCUCCUAAUUUUGAGUUUACAUCUUGCAAUUUUGUUUGUUUGUUUUUUCUCCAAGCCAUGGAAUAAAAAAGGUAAUUGCAACUUUUUAUCUUAGGUUUUUUUCUCUCAACUUUUUCACACACUUGUGAGUUUAUAUCGCACAAACUGUGUUUUUCUUGCAAAUCUGAGGGGAAAAAGCCAGAAUUGUGAGAAAAGUUCAGAUUGUGAGAUAUAACCUUAGUUGCAACGGGGAAAUAAGUCAAAAUUGUUAUCUUUUUUUAUUUUUGUAUCUUGCGGUGGAAACAAGCUUCCAUAAUUUUGGACCCCAUUGACUUUCAUUAUAUGGACAAAAAUAUAUUUUUCCUCCUUUUGUGUUCUAUAGAAGAAAAACAGAAAGACAUGAGGGUGAGCAAUUGAUGUUUUAGGUGAAUAUCCUAUUAACAUUCAAAUCACAUCCUGCGGUUAACACAUACUGUAUUAAUCAGACACUUCACAUGCUCGUCAUCAGGCUAAUCAGACAGAUUGCAAGGACUAAUUGUAGAGACAGGAUCUGACUGUUAAAUCUUGACAAAUAUUGAACAAAGUGCCUCAUUCUCAUAAGCAAUGUUAUUUUGUGGUUCUGCUAGGGGUGUUUCACAUGAUUAAGCUUGUGUGUAAUGCCUUUGCAAAUAGCCUGAUAUCAUUAUCAGCCAUCUUCAUUCAGUCACUCACAUGCUCUCACACAAUAAUAUUUGAAAUAAUGCAGUGUAGUGUAAAAAUGUAGCCAGUGUCAGCUGCUCUGACAGCCCUUCAUGGUUGGGUUGGCUGAUAUUAUUAUUAUUAUCAUUGCACUGGACUGCACUUUUUUUUUUCUUAACCCUAAGAUACCGUUAGCCAGUCUUGUAAAUGAGCAGUCAGACUGAAUGCUAUUUAAUUGGCAUUAUUUAUUAUUGUUUACCAGGCUUAAGUGCCUUUUCAUUGAGCAAUACACUUAAUAUAAAUGAGUUAUGUGUUGGAAAUCAAGCGGUGACGUUAAUUUCAGUGUUCAGUCUUUUGUGGAAUGGGAUCAUGAGCCAUUUACAUCUACAUAUUCACGUUUUCUGAAAUAAUAGCCUCUCAGUGCUGUUAAGCAUUAACAAUGGAACUACAAUGUAUUCCUGAUACAUCAUAGAUCAUGUGCUUGCAGAUUAUGCACUUGCAGAGUGUGAGUGUGUAUAAGACCAGGUGAUUCUUCUAGACACUGUGUAGAAAUGGCCUCUAAAAUUGUUCUGUUGCUGUUUUUGCUUGCUUUUCCUGUGGCAGUUCUAGCCCAUAAACUAUUUAAUAAAAACAAAAUAUAUCUCUCUCUUUUGAGGGCAGCUCUUUUAUACAGCCUCCAAAUUCUGCACUUUAACAGAUUAAUUGGAUGCAGUGUCUAAUAAAGUUUAUUUUCCCAGCAUUUAUGUGUUCAGUGUUUUCAUAUCCUCCUCGCUACACACAAGGACCAAUGCAUUCAUUGUAAAUGACAAAAGACCAUCUGUUCCAGCAAAGAUGCUUCAUGGUGAGAAAGAUUCCAGUGGUCGUGUUUUUUUUUUUUGUUUUUUUUUUAAAUAGCACUUUAGAAUAUGGUUUGAUUUGUUAAUAUAAAGCAUUAGGUAUCAUGAACUAAAAAUCAGCAAUUUGUUUCGCAAUAUUUAUUGAUUUAGGUUAAUUUAGGUCAAUUUAUAAAUAUACCACUGAUUAACGUUAAUUCAUGUUUGUCAUGAUGCAUUUACUCAAUGUAAUUCAUAUAACUUUGAAUGUGAAAUGCUGAGAAUGUAUAUGUAAAAAUAAUACGAACUGGUUAAUAAAUGGUGUAAAAUUAUUGUAUAUUGUUGGUUAAUGAUACUGUUGCAUGGUUUAGGGUCGGUAAGAUUUUUUAAUGUUAAAGUCUUUUAAGCUCACCAAGGCUGCAUUUAUUUGACCAAAAAUACAGUAAUAUAUUUUCAAAUGUAAUUUAUUCAUGUGAUAGCCAAGUUGAAUUUUUAGCAGCCAUUACUGCAGUCUUUAAUGUCACAUGACCCUUCAGAAUUCAUUUGAAUAUGUUAAUUUGAUGCUCAAGGAA